ACUUUUUUUAUCCACCGACACUUUUCUUAAAAAAAAAAAGAAAAUAUUAAGCUCCGUUUUAUUUUCUUCAGCCAACGUGCCGUGAAUUUAGCCAGGAUUAAUUUUUACGCGGGAAAGAACAAAGAAUUUGAAAAUUUUUAUUCAAUAAUUUGAAUUAUUGAGCACAAUAAUUAUUUAUGUGAUUAAAAGAAUUAUUAUCAAGUGAACAGAAGGGAAUUCAAAAAUUUAAAUUUGAAAAAAGUUUGAAUAAAAAGUUUUUAAAAAUUAAACUGCUGAUAACUUCAGGUUAUUUCUGAUGCAUCAUCCAUUGGAGAAAUGAUAACCUAAAAUAAACUUUGAAAACGUUUUAAUUGCUGAUCAUCAAAUCCUUAUAAGUUUUUAAAAAUAAAAUGUCUGAUCCGCGUUUACGUACAUUGAAAAUAAAAACCGGUGUUGUAAAACGUCUUGCUAAAGAAAAACAAACUUAUGAGAAAGAGCUUCUUCAACAACAAGAACGUGUUGAAAAAUUUAAAAAAGAAGGUAAAGAUCAGCAUGACAUUAAGAAGCAAGAAGAAGUUUUACAAGAAUCAUUGAUGAUGGUUCCUGACUGUCAACGUCGAUUGAUGAAAGCUCAUGAAGAAUUGAAAAGUAUUUUAGAGUCUGAACAAGAUUUAAAAGAAACCGAAAUUUACAUUGAAGCUGAAAAAGUUGUCGCUGAAGCCGAAGAACAAUUACCCAAAAAUAAUUCCAAUUCAUCAGCAUAA